ACAAUUGCAACAAACCGCCGCACUAUCUCUUUAUCUAAUCAGAAUUCGUCAGUUUUGAUUAUAACAGUGAAAUGUAGGUGGGUGGUAACAAAAUGCAAUUUUUUUCGUAUAUUUUUUUCUAUAUUUUACUACCAAAAACAUUAAGCAAACAAAUCGAAAUUAAGUGUCCGCAACAUUGUAAAUGCGAUACUUUCGAAACUUUAAGACGCGCCACUUGCACAAACGGAAAUUUAGCAGGAAUAGAGUCAAAUAUACCGACACAAACGCAAAUUCUAGACCUAUCCUAUAAUAGAAUAAGUUGGCUUAAGAAAAAUGUGUUUAAGGAGGAAAAACUCACAAAUCUAAAAUUACUAAACCUGUCUCAUAAUAUAGUGGGUCACAUUGAAAUGAAAGCUUUCAAAGGACUGAGUGACUUAAAGACAUUAGAUUUAUCGUACAAUAGUGUACAAUACAUAACCCCAGCCUGGUUUAGGGAUAUGACAGCUUUAGAAGAAUUGUAUUUAAGAGGAAACAGCUUUAGUAUACUCAACAGUGGCCCAAUUUUCGCCUCAAAGUCACUUAAACGACUAGACUUGAGCCUGUGCCGCAUAUCUUACAUAAGUCCGGAUUCAUUUAGUCAAAUCACAUAUCUGGAAAUCUUGGACGUGUCUGAGAAUUAUUUGAUCCACCUCUAUAUCGCGACAUUUGAGCCUUUGCGGAAUUUGCAAAUCCUUAAUGCUGACAACAAUUCCUUGGCCUGUGAUGGUGUCACGAGAAAUUUGGCGAAAUAUUGCACCCAGAAAGGAAUAAGGUACACAGAUCCAUGCACAUCGAAAGUUGUCGACUCGGAGAAGUUUCAAAGAAUGGUUAAUUUAGCCGAACCGGAAGACGAAAAAAAUUCAUGGAUUUAUGACGAUGGUCAGGAGAUACAAAAUGACAAUCAAACAACAACAAACGAGACUUGCAAUAACGUUCCUGCUGAUAAGAAAAGCCUGUUACAGGAAAUCGUCGACUUGUCACCAGUGUUAUCAAUUUUGUUUCCAUUUAUUUAUGGAAUUGCUGUUGGUGUUUUGAUAUCAUACAUACUCAGUGUUUUUUCCCGGAAAAAGAAGGAAUCAGAAGAAUCCACUUACGUUAGUUAUGACUACGGCGAUGAGAAUUUGCGAAGAAGUGGUACGAUUAGUCGGAUACACAGUCGACUUAGUCGAGGUGUUGGAACAGAAGAGCGGCAAAAUUUACCCCUGCGCGAAUGGAAUUUAUCUGAGUCAACUCCAGUUCUGUUUAGGAAAAACCAAGCAAACUUUUAAUCUCUCUAGCCUGCUGUAAAUAAAACUGUGAUACUUCUCAAAAUACUUUUAUUUAUCACUGAUUAUGUACAAAGUGGAAUGAAUAAAAUCAAAUAA